UGGCGGCGGCGUUGGUGGCGGCAGUGGACGGGGCGGCUGGGCCUGGAACAGUCGGAGCAUCCGCUGGCAGAAGGAUGACCCAAGACGGGAAGCGGGCUGCCGAGCCUCGCCGGCUCCCGUGCUUGUAACUGUCCCAGCCGGACGCCCUCCCCUUGACCUACCCGUUCUUCAGUGAACCUCCAGACCAGUUUUCUCAGGAACCAGCCUGGCCUUACAUCAUUGAUAAAAGGAGAAAAGGCUUGACACUGCAGCUGAGUGACCAAAGACCAGGGUGCUUUGCAAGAGCUUGAUUUCUGUCUAUUUGUGCAUGAAAUGAGAUUCGGAAUCUUGACCCAUGUAUUCGUUAUGUGAAAACAAAUGCUUCACAGAGUUUGUGGAAAUGUGUUGCUUACAGUGGGAGGAUCUUGCUCAGCAGUGCUGAAGGAAAAACAAACAAACCAACCAACCAAAACACACUAUCAGCUACUUAAGAAAGAAGGCUGGAUACAGCAAAUACCAUUUUCAAGAUGUCCAGCAAAGGGAGCAGCACAGAUGGCAGAACAGAUUUAGCUAAUGGAAGCCUGUCUAGCAGUCCAGAAGAGAUGUCUGGAGCUGAAGAGGGAAGGGAAACAUCCUCAGGUAUUGAAGUAGAGGCCUCAGACUUGAGUUUGAGCUUGACUGGGGAUGAUGGUGGCCCCAACCGCACCAGCACAGAAAGUCGAGGCACAGACACAGAGAGCUCAGGUGAAGAAAAGGACUCCGAUAGCAUGGAGGACACUGGCCAUUAUUCCAUCAACGAUGAAAACCGAGUUCAUGACCACUCAGAGGAAGAGGAAGAGGAACAGCCUCGGCACCGCGUACAGCGCAAACGGGCCAGCCGUGAUCAGGACUCAUCUGAUGAUGAGCGAGCCCUGGAGGACUGGGUAUCCUCAGAGACAACAGCUUUGCCCCGACCUCGCUGGCAAGCCCUUCCUGCCCUUCGGGAGCGGGAGCUGGGUUCAAGUGCCCGCUUUGUGUAUGAGGCUUGUGGGGCAAGAGUCUUUGUCCAGCGUUUCCGCCUGCAGCAUGGGCUGGAGGGCCACACCGGUUGUGUCAAUACCUUGCACUUUAACCAGCGUGGGACCUGGCUGGCCAGUGGCAGUGAUGACCUGAAGGUGGUGGUGUGGGAUUGGGUGCGGCGGCAGCCAGUACUGGACUUUGAGAGUGGCCACAAGAGUAAUGUCUUCCAGGCCAAGUUCCUUCCUAACAGUGGUGACUCCACCCUGGCUAUGUGCGCCCGGGAUGGACAGGUCCGUGUGGCGGAACUCUCUGCUACACAGUGCUGCAAGAACACAAAGCGUGUGGCCCAGCACAAGGGAGCAUCCCACAAGUUGGCCCUAGAACCAGACUCUCCCUGUACGUUCCUGUCAGCUGGUGAAGAUGCUGUUGUCUUCACCAUUGACCUGAGACAAGACCGGCCAGCUUCGAAACUGGUGGUGACAAAGGAGAAGGAGAAGAAGGUGGGGCUGUAUACAAUCUAUGUGAACCCUGCCAAUACCCACCAGUUCGCAGUCGGCGGGCGAGACCAGUUUGUACGGAUUUAUGACCAGAGGAAAAUUGAUGAGAAUGAGAAUAAUGGAGUGCUAAAGAAAUUCUGCCCUCAUCACUUGGUGAACAGUGAGUCCAAAGCAAACAUCACCUGUCUUGUGUACAGCCACGACGGCACAGAGCUCCUGGCCAGUUACAAUGAUGAAGACAUUUACCUUUUCAACUCUUCUCACAGUGAUGGGGCCCAGUAUAUUAAGAGAUAUAAAGGUCAUAGAAAUAAUGCGACAGUAAAAGGCGUCAAUUUCUAUGGCCCCAAGAGUGAGUUUGUGGUGAGCGGUAGUGACUGCGGGCACAUCUUCCUCUGGGAGAAGUCCUCUUGCCAGAUCAUUCAGUUCAUGGAGGGAGACAAGGGAGGUGUGGUAAAUUGUCUCGAACCCCAUCCUCACCUACCUGUUUUAGCCACUAGUGGCCUGGACCAUGAUGUGAAGAUCUGGGCACCCACAGCUGAAGCUUCCACUGAGCUGACGGGGUUAAAGGAUGUGAUUAAGAAGAACAAGCGAGAACGGGAUGAAGAUAGCUUGCAUCACACUGACCUGUUUGAUAGUCACAUGCUUUGGUUCCUUAUGCAUCACCUGAGACAGAGACGCCAUCAUCGGCGUUGGCGAGAACCUGGGGUUGGGGCUACAGAUGCAGACUCUGAUGAGUCUCCCAGCUCCUCAGACACAUCCGACGAGGAGGAGGGCCCUGACCGGGUGCAGUGCAUGCCAUCCUGAGGCCCCAAACUUAGAAGGGAUGGGCUGGGGCUGCCAACCCGAUCCUGCCUGGGGAACUCUUUCGGUUCCAGGCCCUUACAUUCAUCAGAAAUGCACUUUGGACUUUUUGUUUAAAUAAAGAUAUCCGAGAAGGACAGACCACAGGAGGUUGAACCAGCAGAGAGCCCCUGGGAGUGAGAGACAGCCAGUGUGAGCUUCCAUGGAAAGGUGCAAAGGACUCAGCUGAAGUGGGCCUCUCCCACUGUGAGGGGAGAGGAACAAAGCCUUUUGUUAACUGGCUUGGGUAGGAAGUGGGGCUUAUUUUUCUUUAACCUCCCUUGUUUCUUUUGUGGGGGUGGGGAAGGACUGGCUGUUCAGUACCGAGGGGCCAGAGAGGAGGGUAGGAAUGCCACUCUUUGGUUUAGGUUUUUCACCCCCCCCCCCUUUGUUUUUUAAGAAGUCUGACAGUUCCAUUGUUUUUUGCCCCUGAGCAACCACAUCCCAAGACCCCGUUUUUUUCUGGGAAUUCCUUCUGAGCCCCUAACCAUCCCAGUAGUUUUCUCUUCCCUUUCCACUGCACUUACUCUGUACUUACCACAGUGUUUUGCACUUGAUUAUGUAUCUUCCACUUUCUCCUCUUCAUCCCAUCCCCCUCCUAAUGGGGGUCUGUGAUGGAGGUCAUGGAGAAGUGGGGGCGGGCCAAGAGAUGGAAGAACAGGAAGAAGUUACCUCUUUGUUUUGUUUUUAAUUGUUCGGUGGCAGCAAUUUCCCUGUCCCUAUCACUGUUAGAGGCCUAAUUUUAUAUCUAUAAAUAUAUUAAAAAGCAAGUUAAACUUGGGCGUAUCAAGUUAAAAUUAUUGUCAGAAGUUUAAAUACCUAUAUAUUCUCUAUGAAUACAAUGCAAUAAAGGGACUGAAAGGAAGAUUGAGCGAGAGUGAUGAUGUAGAGGUGACACGUGGGGUCAGCUUGCCGUUUAUAUAGGACUCUCAGAGCCUGGGGCUGACCUUAGGUUUGACAAGGCUCAAAAAUGGAAGGAUAUUUAGCUGUGCCCUUCUCUGCCUUGGUGCAAAGGUUUGGAAAAACAAGAAAUUCCUCUCCACUUUGCCUCAGGUCUCGUAAUUUCCUUAAGUCUCAUGGGGGAAUCCCAGGAUUGCUCCUCUCAUUGGAGGCUGGCCUGUCUUUAAAACAUGACUGAAGUGUGACUUGAAGAAGGGCACCACUGCUACAGACCUUACUUACCCUGGUUCUGUGUAUGACAGAAAGCACACUUGACCCCUGGCCUUUAGCUGCUUGACUCUUUAAGCCAUCCGACUCCACACCAGCUCCCUUCCUAAUGGAAGGAUGAAGGGAAAAACUUCCUGGGAAUUGAGGGACAAGCCAGUAAUUGGAAGAUUUAUUCUGGUGACUGGGGCUUAGACACCUGUCUUGAACAUUGGUCACUGAAUACGAAAGUCCCUGUUGAAUUCUUGCCCUAAAUGCUUUUGCUGCUAUUCUUUUGCCCGUAGUUUUCACAAGACUCAAUCAGGAAUCCUGCAUCCUGGGACGUUUUGAUUUGACCACACUGGGCCAGGAAGAAGGGGGAAAGAGCAGAGGGUGGUAUUCCUACACACUCCUUCCUCCUGACCCCUUCCUAGCAGCUCAGACCAGAUGCCAGCUAUCGUACUUCCUUCCUGAGGCAGGGACUGUAGUCAGCAAGGAGUCUUAUGUCCUCACUGCUAGCAGGUUUAUGAGGUGGGCUUAAACCAUGCACUCUGGAAUUUGUUGUAUUUUUUUCCUCAGUAAAGCUUUUCCCCCCCUGA